GAGGGUCGGAGGCGGCGGGGCUGUUUGCACUGCAAAGCCAGGAGAGGAUAUUCCCGCCGUUGGGUAGGAGAGAAAUUAUCCCGCCCCGCGGAGCGGUUCGGCCCGGCUUUUCCGGAGAGAGGCGGCCGUCCUCCCGUCCCGAGGAGGGGGACGUGACAGGUGGGACGCCCACAGGUAGCCGUGACCCUGGCUUCCAGGGUUCCUGGCGCUCUGGCCUCUGCGGCGACCGAGCUUGGACUUUAUUUCCUGUGGGGAUAGAACUCACUUCUAUUCACAUCAGAUGAAGAGCUCAAAGAGCCCUCUCUGCAGUGGAGUGUCUUCUCUGGCGUCCCCUGGCAUGGAUAAAAUGCUUCCCGCAGCCCCGGCCACGGCUGUUCAGCUUUCCUGUUGUGGCUGUAAAAGAGCUCUUCGGAAGGGACAGACAGCUUUUCAGAGGAAAGGGUCUGCCGAGCUUUUCUGCUCAAGACUGUGCAUCGGUGACCUCGCGUCACCUGCCGUCGCAGCAGCUCCUGUCAAGAGGAUGUGCUUAAACUGCUCCAGAGACAUUUUAAAUCUGAAGGAUAUGAAGAGUGUCCCAUUGGAGGAUAGUAGCUGUAACAAAAACUUUUGUAGCCAAUCUUGUCUUUCAUCAUAUGAAGAGAAAAGGAAGCCAUGUGGUACUGUGUGUUCUGACAGCACUUUAAAGUGCUGCGUGUGUCAGAAGACAUCUGCUAAACCACCCAGAAUACUUAGAUCUUUUCCUUGCAAAUCACUGAAACUGUCAGAUGAGAUGAUUGUGAUUACUAAUGACUUGGGGAGCAUAGAGGUUCUCUGCUCUGUUUGUUUUUCUUCAUACAACAGUGCUGUCAUGGAAUCUUCUCCAGUUAAUGUUUCCAUGGUGCACAGUGCUUCAAAAGAGAAUCUCUGUCCAAAGAAAUAUCCAAUUCCUGUUAUAAGCAAUAUAAUGUCAUUUGUAAAUGAUCAUGUUGACCUGCUCGUGAACACUGAUCUCUUACAAGGUACACUUUCUUCUGGACCUACAAAUGGUAUUAUAGACAGCUCGCGCAGUGAAUCCAGUGGCAGCAGUAUGGAGCAGCCACGCCUCCUCCCUUCCUCAUCUGGGCUCUUUGAAGACACCGCUGGUCGCAGUGGGGAAGCACAGAACGACCGAGAGGCAGGUCAGGAUUCUGCGUACAGCCUGGAGUCUGUGAAAGUGAAGGACAGACCGUGUUACUCCAAGUCGACAGCCACAAUACAAAACGUUCAAAAAGAGCCACAAAAUAGUAGAAAAGCGUGGCGCCCGGGUUUUCAGCCUCUGAGCACCAACACGAAGAAUGAUGUUGCAUUCUGCUAUUCUUGCCACUUGUUCUACCAGAAAAGCUUUAGCUGCCAGAGACAAACUUUCGCAAAAGGAACUACUGACUGGGAGAAAAUGCUGGAAAAAUUCAGAAAGCAUGAAGAGAGUGAAAUGCAUUUAAAGUCAUUGCAAUUUUGGAAGCAAUACCAGUUUCUCGACGGUCCACAUGACGAUUCAUCAGGUCUUUCAAAACAUACUGAAGGAAAUAAAAAGUACCUAAAGCUCAUCAUUGAAAACAUUUUAUUUCUUGGAAAACAAUGUUUGCUCUUAAAAGGAAAUGACCAGUCUAUUUCAUCCAUUAAUAAAGGCAAUUUUUUGGAAUUACUAGAAAUCAGAGCAAGAGAUAAAGGAGAAGAAGUGUUUCGGCUUAUGAGUUCACACAUUGACUUCUAUAGUAGUUCAGAAGUCCAGGAGGAGAUCAUUGAAAUAAUAAAGGCUGAAAUGUUACAGGACAUUGUGAGUGAGAUCAAUAUCUCCUCAGCUUUUUCAAUAAUAUGUGAGGAGAUAACUGAUGGCGCCGCAAAGAGACAGCUCUCAGUGUGUGUGAGGUACCCACAAAAGACACCACGCGCUGUCUUCGUUAAAGAAAGGUUUCUGGGGUUUGUCACUAUUGAGGAGAUGGCGGGGGCCCAUGUACACAGGCAUAUCAAAGCUUACCUGCAGCAGGUCGGAGUUGAUUUUAAUAAAAUAUGUGGCCAAGCCUACGAUAGUGCCACAAAUUUGAGGAUAAAGUUUAAUGAAGUUGUAGCAGAAUUCAAGAAGGAAGAACCAAGAGCUUUGUAUGUACACUGUUACGCACAUUUUUUUGAAUUAGCAGUGAUUAGUUUUUGUAAAGAAAUAAAAGAACUCCGAAGUACACUAACUACGCUCAGUUCUUUCUUCAACACUGUUCGUGUGUCUGGAGAAAUGUUGGCAAGUUUGCAAACCAUGUGUAAGCUAAGUCAAAAUAAAACUUGUGAAAGACACACCUCACAGUCAUGUUGGACAGCCCAUGAUCAUUUGUUACUGUCUGUGACGGACUGCCUUCCCGAGAUUAUUGAAACACUGGCGUCUGCAGCGCGCCAGGCCUCAGGCACAGCUGUGGCCGAUGAACUCAGUGAUUUGUUGGUGAUGGUUACCAAGUUUGAAUUUAUAUUUUGUUUGAAAUUUCUUUAUCGAGUGCUCAGUAUUGCAGGAAUUCUUUCAAGAGAGUUUCAAAGUGAAACUGUUGAUGUCUUUUCUUUGUUUUCAAAAAUAGAAGCAAUUUUGGAAUGUUUGUCUUCUGAAAGAAAUGAUACAUAUUUCAAAACUAUAUGGGAUGGAGCGGAUGAAAUAUGUAAAAAAAUAACCAGCAAGGGUUUUGAUGUUGAAAAACCCUUUUUUCAAAGAAGAAAAAUUCAGAAGACAGUAGAUCCUGGCAACUCAGAGCAUGUGUUCUUUCUUACUUCAGCAGAUGAACAUUAUAAAAAUAAUAUUUAUUACCAAGGUUUGGAUACUAUAUUAAAAAAUUUAAAGUUAUAUUUUUCAGAGUUUGAUUAUUGCAAAAUGAAACAAAUUUCAGAGCUGUUAUUUAAGUGGAAUGAACCAUUAAAUGAAGCAACAGCCAAACACAUCCAGGAAUUCUACCAGCUUGAUGCAGACAUUAUCCCUGAGCUCAGAUUUUACCGGCAGUAUGCAAGUCUCAACUUUGUCACUGAGUGUGGUCCCUUAAGUCUCUCUGACCUUGGCUGUUUGUUUAUUCAGCAUGGUCUCCACAAUAACAUUCCCUGUAUGUCAAAACUGCUACAUACUGCUUUAUCUUGGCCAAUUACUCCAGCAAAUAGUGAGAAGUCAUUUUCCACAUUGCCUCAUCUUCGAACAUACCUACUCCGCACCAAGGGACAAGAGAAGCUAAGCAGCCUGGCCCUGAUGGCUGUCGAGCAGGAGCUGGUCAAUAAAUUGAUGGAGCCUGAGAGACUCAGUGGACUCGUCGAAAAGUUUAUCAGUCAAAUGAAAGAGCCAUAAGACUUAAAACUUUUGCACCUAAUUAAAAGAAUUCUGUGGUUCUGUUGGAAUCCUGGUACAGUUUUGCUUUUUAGUUGUUCUUUUGAGAUAGGGUCUUGCUGUGUAGCCUGAGCCCGUCUUGAAUUUGUAAGCACUGUGGCUAACCAACCCUCUUACCUUCUGUCUUCUAAAGUGUCCCAGUUGACACAUUGUGUUGAGCACAUGAACAGUUAGCACAUUGCCUGAGCAAAUAGUUCACACCAGAUAGCAUUUCAAGUGCUGGAGGUCCAGCAGGGGGUGAGAGGGGCCUGGAGUCCAAAGGGAUGUAGAAAUCCAGUAACAAGUCACACAGAGCAGCCGCACUCCUGGAAUCUCACCAUGCUGUUUCCCCAGGACUGUAACUCAGUGGUAACACACUUGCUUAGCGUGCAUGAGAUCUGGGCUUCAGUUUCCAGCGCCCAGAAGGAAGUCCUGACUGCUAAUGAUUAUUUCCAUUUUUAUUUAAAAACCACUGCUGGGAAGCUAGUAAAUCUACAGGAGCAAAGGAUUAGAGGCCUAACUGGAAUAAGACCCUGGCACCAGCAGAGACAUGGAGUGGCUGUGAGUUUAACAUUUGAAAAACAGAGAGGGUGAACUAGGCAGUAGUCGCCCUUAACAUCUGCGGUAGCUCAUUCCAGGAGGAGAGAGAGUAGGGAUGUAGGGAGAACUUUAGCAAAGCCAGAUUCAGCUUUGGUUCUCUCACCCACCUGCCUCAUUUGAAGAAGUUUAAGCAGGUAGCACCUGACCUUCAUUCAGGAGCAGGAAACUCCAUAUUUUCAGAUCUGGGCUGUCCAGAGCUCCCGCUGAAUUCUGGGCCCCUAGUAGUCACAUGGUCAGUCCUGCUAUCUUAAUUCAAUCCCCAGGAAAAGCUGAAAGCCAGAGCAGAGGGAGCCCAGCCCCCAUGCCUUUGAGGCAGUUGCUGGAAGAGGGUCCCUUGAGUUUCUGUGAUAUAGAAGGGAUCUGGGAGAGGUGCCGUUUCCUCUGGGCCGGACACAGAGCAGAGCCUCCCAGACUGGAACCAAUUCCAUGGGAGCCACAAGACCCUAGAAUUGCUCUGUGAUCCGUCUCAGUUUCCCUUGGAAGCUACUGAACUGCACCCGCCCUGGCAAGUGCGUCUCCAGCCUCCGUGUCCUCAGGGUGGACGUGCGGUGGACAACGCCUGUCAGUUCAAGUCAUGGUCUGGUUCCUCCCAUCUUCAUGGACUGCACCGUCUCUAUUCCACCACAGCCCGGUUUGUGCCAGAAUUCGCUUAUCUCUCCUGUCAUCUCUGCCAGAGAUCGCUUGCUGUUACUAACCACCCAAUCCUCAAGAAAAAUCCUAGAGAUCCUUAGCUGUACAGAGAAGGCCAGCAUCUCAGGCUGGGACCAGCAAAAGCAUAGGCAGGCAAACAUAAGGCUGUCCUGCAGUGUGGGGCCCUGUGGCUCUCCGGCAUGCAAGAAGGGCCUCUACCACAUGGGUUGUAGGAAGGGCUGGCAGUUGGCAUAGCAGGGAAGUUAAGGGUAGACCAGCACAGCUAGGCCAUCAUGUACACCUCUCACACCAGCGAAAGCACCACUUUCUCUAGUCCUACUAAGAGAAAACACACCUUUAAUCCCAUCACUUAGGGAGGCAGAGGCAUGUAGAUCUCUGAGUUCGAGACCAGCCUGGUCUAGAAAGUGAGUUGAGGACAGCCAGGGCUACACAGAAAAACCUGUCUCAAAAUAUACACAAAAAAGCCACUUACCACUUAAAGCCUUUUUUAGGAUACAUGUUGUAGAAGUGGACAUAGGGAUUGAGGUUUUGUACUUCUUAAGCUUUAAUUAGGCCCUAGGCAUACUUUCACAUUACCACCAGCAUAUCUGUCUUUGUCUUACAUUGUUCAACUGUUAACUAUCAGUCUGCUUCUGAGUGCAUUAAGAGCUGCUUUUUGGGAAUAAAAGGGAAUUGACCUUA